AUGAGCACCUUGCGGACAGCUGCCCUGGGUGACAGGCCUGGCCAGUAUGAUGGCUUCUUGCUGUCACAGCUAGUGCAGGCUCCUCCAGGAGAGGGCGCCAGCGACUGGAACAGCGGAGCGCCCCAGCCCAGCCUCAGCUGGUUCCGAGAUGGGCAGCUCCUGCCCCCGCCAGCCCCCGAGCCCAGCUGCCUGUGGCUGCGGAACUGCGGGGCGCAGGAUGCCGGCAAGUACAGCUGCAGGGCCCAGAACGAGCGGGGCCAGGCCUGCUGCGAAGCCAUGGUCACAGUGCUGGAGGUCGGAGACUUGGAGACAGGUGAGGAUGACAUCAGCGAUGUGCAAGGGACCCAGCGCCUGGAGCUUCGGGGUGACAGGACCUUCAGCACCCCCACAGGGGGCUCCGACACCCUGGUGGGCACCUCCCUGGACACUCCCCCGACCUCCAUGACAGGCACCUCCGAAGAGCAAGUGAGCUGGUGGGGCAGCGGGCAGACGGUCCUGGAACAGGAAGUGGGCAGCAGGGGUGGCACCCGCCGCCUCCCGGGCAGCCCAAGGCAAGCACAGGCAGCCGGGGCCGGGCCACGGCACCUGGGGGUGGAGCCGCUGGUACGGGCAUCUCGAGCUAAUCUGGUGGGCGCAAGCUGGGGGUCAGAGGAUAGCCUUUCGGUGGCCAGUGACCUGUAUGGCAGCGCAUUCAGUCUGUACAGAGGACGGGCGCUCUCGAUCCACGUCAGCGUCCCGCAGAGCGGACUGCACAGGGAGGAGCCCGAC